GCAUUUCAAAGGAAAAGAAAGCUUCUGGCGAACGAUUAGUGCGUGCCCUGUGACGUAUGGCUACGGCUGUGGGCGAACAUACGCGUACAAACACAAAUAAAGGCACGCACGCACCCCGCCCCCUCCCCCCGAUGUCGUGCGCACUCCGUCAUCCCACGCAACGGCGGCGACGUCGGCGGCGCUGCCAGCGAGACCUGCGAGCUUUCUUUUUGUCACCUUUCAUUUUUUUUUCCACCUUCGACCGCGCCGCCGAGCCGACAUGCGCCCCCGCGCGUGACGUUGCCCCGCUUUUCGUGACAAAAAUAAAAGCGUGAUAACGGUGAUAGAGGCGCUGGGCAGGGCCGGUACGCACGAACGCGCCCACCCACUCGGUCGAGACCGCGCCGGCAGCACCGGUCAGAGGGCGAGGGUUGGCCGGCUUGCGUGGCUCGCCGCUGAUACGUUGCGCGCCUGCGCGGAGUUCUUCAAGUCCCGGGGACGUGUUUGUGCUCCGUGUUUGUGCGCUGCCUGUGCGGGACUCUUAACCAGAGUCCUCGCCGCGACUGUGGUUUUGUCGCUACCAGCGACGCCUCGCUGCAUGUGUUUCUGAAUGGAAACAAGAGCGGUUGACGUUCUCCAGUGCGUUUCAAGAAUCGAUUCGCUCACACGUCACCGGGUGUGCUCGGUCGUCUUGUUUUGAGGUCACGAUUACGAGUGUCCCGAUGGCGGAAAGUGGCUGACACAUGUACGAUACAGUCGUGUAAGCGUUGCGGAGGACUAAAGUUUAGGGAGUAAAUUCUUCCACCAAGCGCAGUUUUGUGGCUGAGCGGAGCAAGAUACAAUCAAGGAGGCUGACCUGGCGCGCGAGGCUUCGACCGAACCGUCGACGGGCGAUCCGACGGCCAGCGACGGCGUCCCCGAUGGCUCCCCUCGUGCUUGUGGCUCGCGCUGGUCGCCGGCUCGGCUGGUGGGCGAGGCGAGCGCCAUCUGGAGCAACAUGGCUCGCUUCCGACCCGCCUUCCUGGGCGGCCGGGACGACAACCUGCCCGACCACCUGGGGCCCGUCAAGCAGCUGUUUUGCCGCACGGGACACAACCUGGCCGUCUUCCCCGCCGGCACGGUGUACGGCACGCGGGAGGCGUACAACCGAUACGAAGCGGCAGAAGGCGUCGAACUAGAGGAACGGGGCGAAGCCGGCGAUGUCGACGAGGACACGGAGCCCGCCGGCGUUGUCCAGGGUACACAGGAGCACUUCGCUGAAAACGCGAUUCUGGAGCUUCUGUCGCACGACAUUGGGCAAGUGCGGAUCCGCGGCGUCGAGACAGGACUGUUCGUCUGCAUGGACGCCGAAGGCAGAGUAUACGCCAAGAAGAACCGGAUGGACGAAGAGGGCAUCUUCUACGAGAUGUACGAGAGCGGCUACAACCUCUACCUGAGCAAGCUGAACAAGGACAAAGGCUGGUACCUGGGCAUCAAGAAGUCGGGCGUGCCCAAGCCGGGACCACGCACGGCGCGCGGGCAGAAAGCCGUCCAGUUCCUCCCCAGGGCUGCCAAGCCGCGCUCCUAGUCUUCUGCUCCUGCAGUGAUGACGCUUCGACGACAGCCAGCGAUGCUUAUACACCAACGUCGAAGGAGCCAGGAAACGGUUAACGAGACAUCUGGCACGAGGCACGCCACCACAUGGUCGGCGUUCGUACAUGCGCGCGUGCAUGCGUGCGACGCGCAUGGGUCUGUCAGCGUCCAAAGUUAAGACGUGGGCUUCCACAGACGAAACUGAACGCAAAAGAGGUGCUAGAGACGAAGGGUAACCGCGGUUGACCGAGCUCACCUAGGGGCUCCUCUUGCAGUAUUCCAGAGACCGAGAGCCUGAACUGCCUCCCGAGUUUCUACACAGAGCGACUUGUCUUAACCGCUUAGAGGUUGGUCGAGGCUUUGCGCUUUUACCUUCAGAGCAGCUAAAGAUGCAUCAAGGUGUGAAAGAAAGACAGGCAGGCGCAUCCUGGAAAAAAAAAAGUGGAGCGAAUACAAGCAGGGACACAUUUUCUGCUCUCUAUAGGAAGCGACUUUCCAGCAUCCUCAGGGAAAUAUUAUUGACUGCCUCACUCGCAGUUUGCUCCAUACUAGAGAUUGACAGACAAUCACGAAACAGGGGUAGAUAUGGCUGUCGCUGCCCAAAAUGGAAAUAUCCUGUUCCUAAAAGAUAUUACGUUAGGAGCACACCUACGAAGAAAGAAAAAUAGGAUUGGGAAGUACGUGGAGGGUUGAAAACAGCUGGAAAAAAUAUGGGAAUGAUUCAGGAAGAAAAGAAGAGAACAGGGUACCACUUCCGUCAUUCUGGCCUAGAACAGGCUAGAAUGACACCAGUCGUUUGACGUAGACAUUUCGAAGAGAUAGCUUCUCCUUCUUCACCAAAAAGAGGAUAAACCAGAUGCUCUUAUUAGGUUAUCUUAUUAGCUUAAGCUAACCUAGUACAACUGGACUGCCAGUUUUCACUUUAGGUCGCUUCUCGAUGUCUUCUACAGACACGGAUUUGAGUUUUUGCGGUGCAGACGGUCCUUCAAAGAGAUGGUGGCAGAUACUGCCGAUGAAUUUUUUGCAAGACAAAAGUCAUGUUAAGAAGGGAUGAAAAUGUGUCACUUUCACGCAAAAGAGCAAAAAGUAAUCGAGGUGACGAAGAUGGUCGCCUUCGUCUUUCAUACUCUUCUGCGUUCGGUUUCAAAGAUAAGUGUGUCCAGUUUUGCCCACCCGCCCGAACAGUUAAUUUUGACGUCAGAACUACAUGAAUGCUCUAUUUCAUCGGCCAUAUUUGGUGUUGUGAAAGGCUUCGCAUCAGUAGUGGUUGUGCCGCAGCUAGCACUGCAGCCUUCGUUGUCACUUGAAAGGGAUAACUUUUUUACAAACGUUUUUGAGAACGGUAAUAGACACAGCUAGUACUAGCUGUGUACUAUAGUACCGUGCACAGUAGAUACGUUCUGAAGAUAUUUCAAUUGUGGGUGCGGCGGCAGGAGUCUGUUUUAAGUAGAAGUAAAUAGUAUACAUAGCGCUUAACGUGUUUGAGUGAUCGUCGUACCCGUUUUACGUACCCGUUGCGUGAAAAGCGGCAAAAGAAAUAUGGCGUUCGCUUUCACGAACGCGGUUGCAGUGAAAGGGGUAGCUACAGGUACGAGCCAGUUUUAUUGUUUUCGACGGGGGCCCAUGUUCGCGAAGCUCCUCUAACACAAGUGCCCUCCAUGAUCGGUCAUCGCGGCGGCGUUUGUCUCGUGUAACGCCGAUCGCUGUCGCGAGUGGCUGACUCCCGAACGCUGGCCAAUGAGAUAACGACCUUGCUUAAGAGUUUUGUGAAAACAAGCCCAGAUUUAUAGGUUGGAACGUGACAUAGCAGCGUCCCCGUAACUAUUGCGUUGAGUGUUGACUAGACGUUAUAUGUUCACGGUUGUGAAUAAGUGGUUGUGGCCGAUCCAAACUUGCAGAUAUGCCCCCAAGCCAAAGAUUCAACCACCGGUUUGGGUUGCUGCGUCUUCUGUAUUACUUGACCUCGCGGCAUUGCUAAAAUACCGCGACUACACAUGAAUGUAGAUAAGCGCCGAGAAGCCAGUGACAGCCUUUAAGGGCCUGAAUCUAACGAGCAGUAAUUUAAACGAAGUCAUGAGAGCUGGACCUCUUACCCAGCAGUACCUAAAAACCUUUCGGGAGCACGUAUACCCCUAUAUAUGGCACUUUUACGAGAUAUAUUACGGUAAAAGCCUACUUGAAACGCCAGUUGUAAUAUUAUGUUCCUUGCCGAAAGAAGUUCUGAACGAACUCCGUUGGGCAAACUUGAAUAGCUCGGUGGAGUCAGUUCUCUCUCUGUAUUAACGUUCUAUGCGACAAGCGGCUCGCUGCUUUCGGCAACAUUCGAUGGGACAAAGCAACACACAACAGGCCACAAAAUGCAGCAGCUGUCCACGCGACUUCCUGCGGAAUGAGAAAUGCUGAUUGAGGCCCUUCGUUGACACUGGCGAAGCUGUCGGGAAGGCGAGGACGCGGCCGUGCUUUACCCCGGCGUCCAGUUUCAUUCAUCGUUUUUACGACAAAGAGCUUGUCGUCCUCUGCUUGGACGGACGUGUCGUUGACGGCAUGUAGACAGCGACAGAACUCUGUGCUGUUGGCAUUCGACCAGAACCGAGUCACGGGUUCAUUUUCAACUACCUUGCCGCUUAGAAGAGAAACAGUGACUUCCGCUUGGUCGGGAAGAAAAGCUAUAGAGUUUUAACUGGAAGUACACGCACCUGCUAUUGUUGUGGUUUUACCGGAAUACCGACAUGCAGCACGAAACAGCUGCGCUACUGGCUGCGCCUUGUCGGAUUGCGUUCAACUAAAAUUGGCAGAACUCUUGUUGCGAUGCACGACUUACUCUAUACUUACCCUGCUUCUCUACCGGCGCAAGGGUCCGCAGCGACGUCAGCCGCCAAACAGUUCAUGCGCCUGUCUGUGCACCAUAUUGGUUUGCUUUUAGGCACCCCCGCACCUGCUUUUGUGUGCGGCCCCUUCUGCCGCGCGAUGCGCACAUUAUGAGCGUGCGUGUAGUUCUCGACUCAUCUCCCCGCUGCACAGACCAUCCGCAUUUCGUACGUGCCUCCUGCAGUGAGCUUUUCGUGCUGUUUUUUUUUUUUUUUUUCGGGUACGUGACUGCACUUUGUAUAGUUUCUCUCAUCAUCGUCAUUCAAUCUUUUCAUAUGCAAAUCAUCUGGCUCUGCGUCCGCACCGCAUUGCGGAUGCGCCUCAAUUGGUCGCUUGUGAUGGGAGUAGUACUCUAGCUAGCGCCACCCGUCGAACCUUGUGCAGCUACUUGCAAACAAGGCCAAAGUACGCAGCGCCACGCGUGUCUGUCGCAACUUGUGCGUUUUGUGUGUGUGUAUGUGUGAACGCUGCGAAAAAGUCAGGAAAGUAAAACAAAAAAAAAAUCAAAGUGGAGGUUGGAUGGUGGCGGGGGGAGGGUCGGGGUGGCAGGCUUUUUCGUUUCAUCAGGCCGUUUUUCAACCCGGAUGGCGGCGCGCGCAUCGUUUCCUCUGCCGAGUUCCUAGACACACUUCCUCGGAUGCUAUACAUAGCGUCCUACGCACGAGAUGGGGUAACGGAGCAGCAGCUGACGUCUCUUCGAGCCCGUGACUGAACAAACGUACGCACACAGGAUGGCUCUCUGCCAGCUCUGUGUCUCCUUCCGGGCAACGUUUUUUCCACUCGUGCUUUUUUGGUUUUGUUGCGUCUGAGCUGGAAUGGCAAGCACUGAGGGAAAAAUCGAAAGGAAGCCUUCGGGCGCAUCCCAGUUCCGUUCGGAAGUCUCGUCUAUAUCGUUCGUCUAGGCUGCAUAGGAAAGGGAGUGAGCAGUGCACACUUUCACCUUCCCAAGUGUCCCGAGCUUCUGGCUAUGUAUUCAUUGCUAACGAUGGCCGGACAAUGCAGUGGCGGUGGCGGGCAGGAACAGAAACCCUUUACCGCUCUUCCGCACUCUUGUACUCUGUCUACUGAGACUUGUUCGUACUUACGCACUCUUGAUCUUUCCGUCCCCUUUUCCCUUUCCCCAGUGUAGGGUAGCGAACCGGGCUCAGUCCUGGUUAACCUCCCUACCUUUCAUUUAUAAUUUGCUCUCUCUCUCUCUACGCACUAUCCGAAGAUAAACCAUGCAACUUCGUUUGCGGCAGCGUGCAAAGAAAACUAGAGCGUGGACAAGCGAUAAUUUGAAGUCUAAUUAAUUGCAAGCUUGUCAAAAAAAAAAAAAAAAGAAUCACCGCCACAACUGCAAAAGUACUGACUUGAGUGUCAUCGCUAUAUCGGGCCGUGCAAUAACUAGUAGCAGCAAAGCAGACGGCCGAGUGAGCCGGAGCGAGUACGAAAACGUCGCGUGUUCUGCUCCCGCGUGACCACCUUCUGCGUCAUGAAGUCGCGACACGUAUACCUCCUGGUUUGUCGAAAGGCUACUAUGAUAGAUUAUUUAGGGCGCUUGGAGGCUUUGCCAGUGUUUUCCUCGGGGAUUCGCUGUCGACGUAAGGCACGCGUACUGCGUGUGUUUCGGCGACGUCUGUUUAUGCUUAUUAAAAAGCAGGGGAUAUGAAAGAAAUUUUUUUGCUGACUAAGAGUCACAACAGUGGUGUACAUGAAAAUUUGCGCGAUAAUCACCAACAUGGUCAUUAAAUGACUAAUGUGCACUAAUUAACUUAAUAUCUGCAAGGGACCCAUUGUAAUUGCAAAAUUGAUACUGCGUUGCCCUAAACCCGAGAAAUGCAGGCUUAAAAUGUGCAGCGAAGUACAUUUCUGUUCCGGUUAAAAUGUUUCCACAUUGAGGAAACAUAUUGGUAAGAAAUCUGUGCGCCAGUAAGUUAAUCGCUAAAAAAAAAAAAAACACUACGCUGUGUAAUAGUAUAUUGAGAGUGUGGAGCGCAUCCUUUGACGACAGGAAAAGGGCAUCAAUUAGAGAAGUCAAAUAAAUGUACGAUCAAAAUCAUUCCUCCGAGAGUGAACUUCGUUUUCGUGCAGCUUUUGUCAUCUAUAACCCAAUCGAACACUCGACUGCGGUUACGAAAGCGAUAUCGGAUUACUGAGAUUGUUCCAUCAAGUGCGCUAAUGCUUCCGGCGCUGAUGAACUACGAGCAACAUUCGUGAGUUUUAAUUAAUGUUCUUGAUGUAUCCGUGCUAUGAAGUGUGUACCUAACACCGGCGCGCUCUUGAGAUCUUACCAGAUGGCUAAGAAUUCAGCCUGUGCCCUAGAUCAGUACAGCUGACGUUCAAGUACUGGCAGUCUAUGUAAUUUUUUUUCUUUUAGACUGACUUUUGUACGAGCGCACACAGCUUGGACACCUAAUGCGCUAGCAUACACUCGCAGAGAUACGGUCCCCAGUGGUGUACGGUCGCCAGGGAUGCAAGAUUUUUCUGCUACACUUGUCAUAGAAGCGCAUGAUCCACCUGCUGUUCAAAGCGGAUCAGAAGACUGCCACUGCGAAAGGACUAAGCGAAUGAAAAAAGAAAAAGAAAGAAAAGGUACUACGUGCUCGACGCCGGGUUCUCCGGCUUUUCUUGGACCACGGUCAAAGUCGUUCAGCCCCUUUUCCCCAUCCUUCGCGAACGCUCGCGCCGCUCAGCACGUUGUAAAAGUACUGGCGAAAGAUGAAGGCAGAACGCUGACAACGGUUUAGUUGCAGCCUAUACUGAAUGACUUCGACUAUACCCAGAUACGUCGCUGCCGUUUUCCUGCCUUUCCCCAUAGGGAUGUAAACUUGACAGUACGCGCCGUAUUGCAAGACAAGAAUGCAGAAUUGUCAGGCCACUUUCAUCUUCGAUCCCGCUGAGAGCUGAAUAUGGAACUUCAGUGACUGGCUUAUUUCCCAGAACGUGGCUAUCCACACUUGUGGUUAGUUUACUUUCUUUUUACUACCACUCCUUUAAAGUUCUACUACGCUUAAUGCGAUAAUGAUGCACGGCAUACAGACGCCCAGUGAAUGGUCAGCGACAAUUACAUAACUGCAUCUUAUUUAACACCAGUGUGAUCGCCCAUGGGUUACUGUUGUGCCGCAUACAGCGAGUGACGAUACUACUCACUUUCUCGUCAUAUACAACGUAACUAAUUUCGAAGUGAGUCAUAAAGUGGGUGGGACGCAUGCUGUGCGAACUCUUAGCUACUUUUCGGGUGUGCGCUGUUGCAAUGACGUACGGAACUGUUUUUAAUGUAUACUGUGUUGUUUCAGGUUCGUGAUGUAUUUCUCAUUGAGAAAUACCGUAGCGUUAUCCCGGCUUCGGUCUGCAAAGGAGCAGCCUAUAGGCGUAAUAUAUCUUACGGAUAUUGCACGUUGUUCUUGUAUGUGUAAUUGCAGAGCGUGUAUGUACUUACAUUUAUGUGCGCUGGCUUUUGUACACAUCGUCGUUGACAAUAUUGUAUGCUGUGUCGUUUAGACGGUUUUAGCAUACUGUUACCACUCUACUGCUGCCAUCGCCGACUUUCCGUAGACGGCAUUCGAGCAUGCGCGACGAGCUUGUGCGCGGGCAGUCGGCUUCUCGCUGAGGCAGUUAUGGUAACCGUAGCCGUAUGCUAAAACGGCUUUAGUGAAAAUACGUGCUCGAGAGUGUAGCGAAACCGUCGCAUGUGUGCAACGUACUUCAUUGUAUAUCUAGUCAUUGUGCAUUUCGAAGGGGGUCCAAUAAACGUGCAACUCAGUUCCUUUCACCCCGACAAUGUGUACCCUGUCCGCUUCUUGUUUCACUUGUGUAUGAAAUAACUCAGGGAGAACUUUGCCGAAUGCAUUUUACAUCAAUAAAGACGUUUCUUAUA